AUGCCGACACGAUCGCUCCUGGAGAGGCUUGAAGAGCUCAUCAACGUCGACGUCGACGAUGUCAACACCGAGGUCAUCAAGCUCGUCCCAUUCACCCCUCACAACCGUGCGUCAAACUGUGCCCUUUCCGCAGACAUCAAACCAAGCCAUCGUGACGCAAGAGUGCUGAGUCCCGAGAACCAACCUCUUCUGGAGGAACUGGUCAACAAAUAUGGAAAGGAAGGUUGGGAAAGAGUCUACGAUAUGGCGGCCGUCGCUCUAUGCGCCAGAAAUGUACCCUACCUGUCCGGCCGGGUGUUAUUACAGGUUUCCCUGCGCCACCUCAACGACCGGGAAGCCAUUAUCAAACAAUGUCGUUCGUUUGCAGAAGGAUUCAAGGGGGCCGGUGUCCCCAGAGACCGCUUCGCCAUCAAGCUGCCGUUUUCGGGUUCCGCUGCCUCAGCAGCUGCGCAGCUCAACGCCGAAGGUAUUCGUACGUUGGCCACGACGGUCUUUUCUCUGGAGCAAGCCAUCGCUGCAAGCCAGUCAAAUUGCCUUUUCAUCAGCCCGUACUAUAAUGAGAUUGCGGCCCAUCUGGACCCUUCGCUCCGUCCCAAUGUUAGCGAUCCAGCUCUCGAGCAUCCAAUGUCAGCUCGCGUCAUCCACAUCCUUGACACUUUUGCCAAAGCAUAUGCCGAGACGGGGGAGGAGCAACCAAUCAUGAUCAUUGCGAGUCAUUUCAACACGGCCGAAAUCCUUGCAAUGGCCGAACUGGGCUGUCAGCAUAUCACGAUUCAAGCCCACAAUCUGAAGGCACUCUUGGAGACCCCCGAUACACUUCCGCCAGUCACGAAAAAGAAACCGGACCAUCCCUACGCGGAGUUCACGAUUCCAGAACGAUUGAAGACGUUGGCAAACCUGGAUCCGCUCUCAGGGGAGGAUUGGGACGGGGUCCUGGCGACGACUCGGACUGAUUACGUGGUCAACGGGGGAGCGCAGCUUGACCAAUUCAUUCAGGGAAAUGCAGUGGUCAAAAAGAGACUCCAAGAUGCCGAGAAGCUUUUCUUGGACGCCGAAGAAAAGGCGGGAGCAGCUAUCCGCCAGCUGAUGGCUGCUAAGGGUCUCUGA